AAAUUUUCUCAUCUGAAGUUCUGUGCUGCUCGUUGUACGUUCAUUUUUAGUUUUUUUUUCGAAUAAUUCUGUUUAAAAUUAGUAAGAAUUUUUAAAAAUUUUUAAUUAUAUGGUAAAAAUUAAAAACUUAGCGUCAAAUUCGACAUUGCGCUCAUUUUAAUUUAUUAUUCGUUACCGAGUUUAUUAUAAAUAACACCUUCAGUUUGGUUUUUAAUAUUUAAAAAUAACAUUUAUAGUCAAUAUAUUAUUAUGAAAACGGUUAGUAUUAACAAAAAAAGUAAUUUUAAGUAGUUUCGAAGUAAUUUUCGUACACAUCAGAGGCAGAACGAUCCCAGAGGUAUAAAAAAACAAAACGAGAGCAAAACGUGAUAAACAAAAACAACAAUAAAUAUAACAUUAAACCAAUAAUAUUCACAACAAUAACACCAUCAUCAUCACAUCAGCAUCAAUGUCAAAUUUGGCAAGCAUCAAAAUGAACUUCAAACUCAUUCUUUCCACUCUCCUCCUCCUCUCCAUCACCUCGCAAUGCUCAGCUGCCGUCAACUUCGAUGGUGACUUUGACGUCACUUCCGACUCGAAAGAUGUGACGUCAUCACUUGACUCCGACGAUCGGGACAUUCCUGUUUUGCAAGACGGAGGCGACGGCAGUGACGACGACGACGAUGACGAAAGCGGCAUAGAACAGAUCCGGAAAAAUUUGGGACCAAUUCGUUUCAACAGGAGUUCAAAGGUCAGAAAGUUCAGAGGGGACCUCGGCAAAAGGUCCAAAACUGGGGAAAGUCAGAUAUUGACUCAGCGCAGAAAAAUGGCAGCCGAGAAGUCAAAAAAGGCGGGCUUCAAAAGUUCUGUCCACCAAAAUUACAGGGGCGACCUCGGAAAGAGAUCUGACUAUUUUCAAGGACCCAAUUUCUGAAUAAAUCGACAUGUCAAAUUAUCCAAUAUAAUUUUUGAUAUAUCGAAUUUACCCGUAAACGAUUUAUUAAACGUUUUUUGAAACUUUUCAACUCUUGUAGCUUUUUAUAAUUAAAGAAUAUGAAAGAAAAAAAUAUUGAACGUGUCGUUAAACUAUGGUGAACAUUUUGUUGCAUAUUUAGAUAUUAAACAAAUUGAGUUUAGAUGUUUUGUGCUAGUGUUUAUUAUUGUAACUUUCAACCAAAUUCAAAACGUU